AUGUUUAUCCAAGCUGAUAAGAAGAAGAGAUUGUCGUUGGAUGUUAUCGGGCAACUAGAAGAUGAUUUAGAGACUGAUCCAUUGGAUUAUAAUAAAUGGAAUAAAUUAAUCCAACAGGUUCUUGCUAAGGAUAAGGAGGAGCAAGUGAAAUCUGUAUUCAACAAAUAUUUGAGUAUUUUCAAGUUUGACGUAUGUAUCAUUACCGUGAAAUACAUUUGUUGAUAGAUUAUGUAUAGAUUCAUGUUUCGAUGGUUUUCAUCUGUUCAUUUCUUUUUUUGCAUUACUACCAGUUACAUUAUUUUGGAAUUCUUAAUAAAAUGGCCAAACGUUUUGAUUCUCCUUUGUUACAUUAGACUAAUACAUCGAGGAAGAAUGAAUUACAUAGAUAAUCUAUUAGAAUAAAUUGUAUUUUUGUCGAUUUCAGCUUAAACGCAUAAAAGGAACAAUACUAACAAAUUUUAGGGUAAGCAAUGGUGUAAUUAUAUCAACUACCAAUUGAAUAGAGGUGAAUUCCAAGAAGUUGAACAAUUAUUCUCGAAAUGUCUUCCUAUAACUGAUCACGUUGAAUUGUGCCGUCUAUACGUUUCGUAUGUCCGUCGUACCAAUGAUGUGGUUACUGGAGGAGAAAAAGCUCGUGGUAUCGUGGUUCAGGCUUUUGAAUUCGCAGUUACUAAAGUUGGCAUAGAUAUAAGUAGUGGUGAUUUGUGGAAUGAUUAUUUGGAUUUCUUAAAGGCGUGGACUCCGGCCGCAACUUGGGAACAACAACAAAAGACAGACUUGAUAAGGAGAGUCUAUAAAAGGUUUUUAGUAAUCCCAACAGAAAAAAUAGAGCAAAUCUGGUCCACAUAUACAAAAUGGGAAAAUGA